AUGAUGACCGCCGACGACGACGAGAUCCUGCCAGCGCCCCGCACCCCGCGCAGACAACGGCCAGCCGCCCUUCGGAAGCUGCGCUACUUCUGGGGCCUUGAUGCCCGCACGCCGUUCACAGUCCCGUCUAUGGACAGACUCUUGGAGCGUACACAGCGCAACGCCGUGGCCUUUUUCAUGAGCUAUAUCUUCUUUCUUGUCUGCUUCCUCAUCGCAGUCCUCGCUGUCGGCGGCUCACUCUGGUUUGCAGCGUGGGCCAUCAGCUCUCUUCUACACGCAGUCUGCCGCAACACGAGCGCGCGAGAUGUAGAGGGUAGCGCAGUGCCCGAGUACGACCGACUUCCCAUCUGA